CGCCAAGUGUCAAGGGAUACUAAUAAAAAUUCAAGUUAAUCUGUUCCAAAGUAGUAGAGUAGAGGGGUUUGGUGUUAGGGUUUUGGAUUGAAAUUUGAAGAGUAACAAUGGAAGAUACGCCAACACCUUCAACUGCUUUGACCUACCUUAAUCCUUCCUACUGGGACGAGAGGUUCUCGAAGGAGGAGCAAUACGAGUGGUUCAAGGAUUAUUCCCAUUUUCGCCACUUGAUUCAACCCCAUCUCACGCCCCAUUCCGCUGUCCUGGAGCUUGGGUGUGGAAACUCACAAAUGUGUGAACAGUUGCAUAAGGAUGGCACAACCAACAUAACUUGCAUUGACCUUUCACCUGUUGCAGUUCAAAACAUGCAAAAACGGCUAUUGUCCCGGGGAUUCAAAGGUCAGCUUCCUCAAUUAUACUGUUGUCCUGUUUGGAUAAGCUUCUCCUUAAGCACUGGAAAGAUAGAUAUCAAAGAAAAAAGCGAAGAUGUAUUGUUCGUGGACAGUGGUGACCCAUGGAAUCCAAAGCCUGAAACUAUAUUCAAGGUCAUGGCCACAUUGAAAGGUGUUCACAGGGUUUUGAAAGCUGGUGGCACAUUUAUCUCAGUAACUUUUGGCCAGCCACAUUUCAGGCGCCCUAUAUUUAAUGCACCAGAUUUCAACUGGUCUGUUGAGUGGACUACUUUUGGUGAAACCUUUCACUAUUUUGUCUAUGUUCUGAAGAAGGGACAGAGAUCAUCAUAUGAUGAUAUUCCACCUGUUAAGAGGUUUGAAGCAUCACCUAUUAAUUUACUUCAUGAAGAGUUAGAAAGUGAAGAUUUUGCUUUCCGGAUCAAUGUUGACGAGUUGAACUAUUAGACUGUAUUGUAUGAAGUUUUGCCAUCAAUUUCAAUUUAUUUUCCUUGCUGCAAUUUUAAUUCACUUGCUUCAAAAGAGGAAUGCAGUUAUCUUAACUAUUGGAUUUAGGCACACUGAUGUUGCACCAAAAUUGUAAUUUUAAUUUGUUGAAAAGUAAAUGAAACCAUCUCAAGUUGCUAGCUAUGUUUGCCAU